AUGGACGUGGUGCCCAGCUCGCUCCGGGACAUUCUCCUGGUGGUGUUUGUGUUGCUCUCGGUGCCCCCCGCCGUCAACGGGCUCGCCAUGGUCGUCUACGUCCUCGUCCUCCGCAACGUCGCCGUGUACUACCGGUUCGACUACAAGAUGGUGCUAGUGCAGUUUGUCAAGACGGCGGCGUUCAACGUGUGCGUGUACCAGGCGCUCGUCGCCUUCAUCCCCAAGGCGUGGUUCCACUACCUCUACAUCCUCGCCAACCUGAUCAUCGCCAACCACUUGAUCGGCGAGAAGCUGCCGCUCCAGCACGCCAACAACCACCAUGCCCACGUCGCCAACGCCGUCGGCUGCUUCAUCUUCAUCAUCUACACCUCGUUCUUCCUCAACUGGAUGAACAUCCGCAGCCUGCUCGCCCUCAGGGUGCCGGUGUCGCCGUUUUUGGCGGUGUUGCUGAUCGCCACCAUCACCGCCGACAUCUUCUCGUUCAACGGGCCCCUGGCCGGCCUCGAGCCGCCGGCGCCGCUGCCGCUGCUGACCCACAAUCUACAUAUCAACUGCGACGCCACCCGGUGGCUCGACAUCGACGUCGACGCCGCCUUCGACGACGGCGACGCCCGCGGGCUGCCCCUGCGGCUGAUCCCGUUCCACAACUUCGAUACCCUCGUCCUCAGCCCCUUCCGUCUCCCGCAGAACAUCAUCCAGCCCAUCUGGCUUGUCAUCACCGCCAUCAAGGCGUGGUACAUCCGCCCCAGCAUCUUCGCCGCCGACGGCACCCCCUCGGUCAACCUCGCCACCAAGCCCGAGUUUGACAACCGCAUCGUGCUGGUGGUGCUGGUGAGAGAGACUGAGGUCGUAUUUUGCAUGAAUCCCCCCGUGUCCAUCGCCUCCGUCUACGUCAACGGCAUCAACUGGCACUACUGGCUGGUCGAAGACAACGAGUACGUGGUGGUGCUGGGGCUCCUGGCCAACUUCCAGUACCAGAUCGACUUGGCCACUGCCGAAACCUUUGCCCUGGUGGUGGUUACCACUACCUCAACUGACGGGGCUAAGGCCCCCGUGUCCAGCGAGAGCGAUACCGUGGCCACCCUCCAGUUCCUGGUGCUCCAGACUCAAGCAACCGUGCACCAGUACAAGGCGCAAUUGAAAAAGGUGAAGCGCGACGAGAACAAGAAGCUUGCCGACCUCCGGCACCACAUCGAGGUCUUGCGCAACAAGCUCGGCAAAGUGCAGGGCAGCGCCGGCGAGCUGAGGACCUACAGCAAGAUCCAGGGGCUUAAGUACCUGAUCCUGGAGUUGGAGGCCGACAUCGAGCGGCUCCGGCAAGAGCACGAGACCAUCACCCAGCAGCAACGCGCCACCGCCCGCACCACCGACGAGGAGGCCGCCGCCAUCGAGCGCGAGAUCGCCGCCCUCGAGCAGCAGCACCAGGACCACGACGACCGCCUCGCCCAGCACCGCGCCGACCUCGCCAAGUUGCGGGGCGAGCUCGACCAUUUGAAGCAUAAGCUCGCCAAGCUCGACGCCAAAGCCGCCGCCCGCAGCGACGACGUGAAACUGGCCCAGGCCGAGGUGACCAAGGCCAAGCGCGACGCCAGCACCCGCAUCCAGCGCAAGAUCAAGCGCGUCCACGACAACUACGACGUGAUCUUGCCCCGGGUCCGCGACGCCACCGAGGUGUUGCAUCAGGAGUGCAACCGCGUGUUACAACAGACACAUACAUAA